AUGUCCAGUAACUACAGACUACUGGUGGAGAAUGCCAAACAGGUGGUUCUGAUCUGCAACAGCGGAGAGAAGUUCUUGACCAAACAUGGGAUGCAAAAUCUUUGUGUGAUUGAAAAUGGGAGCGUAGUGAUAGGAAGUGACGGGCUGAUCAAAGCUGUGGGGCCUGCGGAGAUCAUCCGAGCUCAGUAUCCACACUCAUGGUUUGAUAAAGUGAUUGAUGCGACAGGCAUGUGUGUUCUGCCCGGGUUGGUUGACGCCCACACACAUCCAGUCUGGGCUGGUGACAGGGUGCAUGAAUUUGCAAUGAAGCUGGCAGGUGCCACCUACAUGGACGUGCACCGGGCCGGCGGAGGGAUCCACUUCACGGUGGAUCACACUCGAGCUGCCAGCCCCUCCGAGCUGCUGGGCUCCCUCAGCAGCCGGCUGCUCCGGAUGCAGCGAGUGGGCACAACCCUGGUGGAGUGUAAGAGCGGGUACGGCCUGGAGCUGCAGACUGAGCUCAAGAUGCUGGAGGUGAUCGAGGAGGCCAGACGCACGCUGCCCAUCAACAUCUCCUCCACCUACUGUGGAGCCCACGCAGUGCCAAAAGGGAAAACAGUUGCCGAAGCCACAAAGGACAUCCUGCAGGUUCAGCUGCCAACGCUGAAAGAACAGAUGUCUGCUGGGACUCUGAGAGUCGACAACAUCGACGUGUUCUGUGAGCAGGGAGUGUUUGACCUCAGCUCGACUCGCUCCAUCCUGCAGGCCGGCAAAGACAUGGGCCUCAACAUCAACUUCCACGGAGAUGAGCUCCAUCCCAUGAACUCUGCUCAGUUGGGUGCAGAGCUCGGAGCCUUAGCCAUCAGUCACCUGGAGGAGGUCACAGACGAGGGAAUCGCUGCCAUGGCAACAGCAAGAACCGCCGCCGUCCUUCUACCAACGACAGCGUACAUCCUACGGCUGCCUCAGCCUCGGGCCAGAGACAUGUUGGAAGCUGGAGUUAUUGUCGCCCUUGGCAGCGACUUUAACCCCAACGCCUACUGCUGCUCCAUGCCAAUAGUCAUGCACCUGGCCUGUGUCAACAUGAGGAUGUCCAUGCCUGAGGCUUUGGCUGCUGCCACCAUCAACGCCGCCUACGCCCUGCGGUGCUCCCACACUCACGGCUCCCUGGAGGUCGACAAACACGGAGACCUGCUGGUCCUCGACACCACGCGAUGGGAGCAUCUGAUCUACCAGCUGGGAGGACAUCAGGAGCUGAUCCGCUACGUCGUCAUCAAAGGGAACGUCGUCGUUGAUAAUGACAAAACUAUGGACUUAUAACCAGAAGUGGUUAUCAAUACUUCUGAUAGCGACACGAUUACUUCCUGGAGUCUUGAAUUAAAGCCUGUUGUAGUCACUGAGAUGUUACUGUGUCUGCAGUGUUACUAUCGCCUCAGAAACAGUCACACCUCAAGGGAUCGCACGGGUUAAUGAG